AUGAGGGGCGGUGGAUGGUCCCUCUGUCUUCCAGCCCUGGGUGGACAGAGGGGCUUCCAGAAAGAAAGAAGGAUGGCCAGUGGGAAUGGACUCCCUUCUUCUUCGGCCCUGGUGGCCAAACGUCCUUCCGCCCUGGGCCCAUUCCCCAGAUAUGUCUGGAUCCACCAGGACACACCCCAAGACAGCCUAGACAAGACUUGCCAUGAAAUCUGGAAGAGGGUUCAGGGCUUGCCUGAGACCCUGCAGCCCAGGACCACCAUGGAGCAGCUCUCUGCCCCCAUGGUUGGGACUCCAAGAGACCAUGAGCUCAGCUUCCAAGAAGAAGCUCUGGAGCUGGGCAGUGGCAAGGAUGAAAUCUCCCUGCUAGUGGAACAGGAGUUCCUAAGUCUCACCAAAGAACACCUCAUUCUGCUCCAGGAGAGCUCCAGGGAGCGAGAAGCAUGCGGUGGCGCCCCCCUGGGGACCAGAGAGCCGGCCUCCUGCCUUUUUGCGCCUCCUCUGGUGGCCAGCAGUAGCAGCAGCAGCAGCAGUACCAGCACCAGCAGCAGUGAGCGCCCAGCAGCCUCCAUGACUACAGGAGGUGACAAGCAUCAGGAACAGAAGAUGGCGGUGGCUGUCAUUGGCAGCCGGCAGGACUCUGGUAUGUCUACCGUCACUGGCAUCCUGCGUGCCACUAAGGUCAAGAGUAGUACCAAGGGGACCAAAGACCAGAGCCACAGCCUGAGCGCCACCAACACAGAGAUCAGCAAGCUCCUGGCCCAAUUCCCACUGAAGUCCACCGCAAUGUCCAAAACCCCAGACAAUAAGAUGGUAUUGGAGGAGACAAAGGUCAUCAAGGACUUCCUAAAGAAUAACAUGUUCAGUAGCUCAGGACCCCGGGAGGCUGCGGGACUGGGCCCAUUUCUGCUGCUGCCACCCCCGCCUCCUCCAGCAUCCCCUGACAAGCUCGCCGAUCUUCCUGCUCAGAAGAGGCAGCUGCCUGUGUUUGCCAAGAUCUGCUCCAAGACUGACCCUGCUGGGGAAGGCCACCAUUUGAUGGAAUGGAACCCUGGCACCAAAGAGCCAACCAAGGGUCAAGAGAGCCUCUUUCUCAGCCAGUGGCCUCACAGCCGGAAGGACACUGGCAGUGAGGAAAGCCGCAGUGACCCAGUGGGCACCACACCCAUGGCCUUACCCACCAAGAAGCCUGCAUGGCCAGCUGAGAAGAACCUGCUCUAUGAGUUCUUUGGGGCCACUAAGAACUCAAGUAAAGUAGAGGUGGAUGGAUUGGAGCUGAAAUUGAAUCCACCUGUACCAGUUGCUGACAAGAACAACCUUAAGUACACAGGGAAUGUGUUCACCCCACGCUUUGCCACAGCCUUGACCUCAACAACAUUGAAUCAGCCACUCUGGCUCAACCUGAAUUGCCCACCUGCACCGAUGUUCACGAACCACUCCACCUUCCCGCAGUACCAGGGUCUCUACCCACAGCUGCCGGCGAGGUUACCUUACCAGCAAGCCAUGCAUCCCCAGCUGGGGUGCUACUCCAGACAGAUGACGCCAUACAACCCACAACAGAUGGGCCAGCAGAUUUUCCGCUCUUCUUACACCCCCCUGCUGAGCUAUAUCCCCUUUGUGCAGCCCAACUAUCCCUAUCCUCAGAGGACACCGCAGAAGCUGUCCACCAAUCCCCGAGACCCUUCCCCUUUGGCAGGAGAUGGACCACAGUACCUCUUCCCCCAGGGAUAUGGGUUUGGCUCGACAUCCGGCGGGCCCCUGAUGAACAGCCCCUAUUUUUCCUCCAGCGGGAAUGGCAUCAAUUUUUAG